CAGCUGAGGAAGAUGGCGUCGACGUGGGCUGUGUUCAUCUCCUUUGGUGUGGGGGCGGUACUCGCAGGCGCUGCCACCACUCUACACGCCACUCACAACACAACGUCUACCACCUUCCUCCUUAAAAAUGUAUCCACCAAGACAGACACCAGUAAGACAAUCUACAACCUUUCACAACCACUUGUUCAUGAAACUGUCCACUUGUUACUACCAACUGAGGAGGAUAUGCCCCUGGCAGAGGAGACUGGAGACAUAGGGAGUGAAAAGCCCUCAGUAAGUAUGGAGACAGGAGAGGCCACUACAGGUUCACCACAGCACCCUGCACUUGUCGUGAAGAAGGAAAAGGACCCCAUGGAUAUCAGCGCCAAGGAAGGAAAUAUAGAAGGAGAAAGAGGGAAUAACGAGCUUAUGGAUGAAGGAGACAAUGAAGGAGAUGCAGAGGCUGAAAGCCGGAAUAAGGAGGAAAAUGAUGGUAGUAGGGAGGCUGAAUAUGAAGAGCUACCAGUGCCUAUGGCGCAGACAGUUGUGGGUUACACGCGUGAUGAUGAAACAUAUAUCGUGAAUGAUGAGGAUGGUGUUGCUUGCGUCAUGGCCUUCUUCAAGGCCAAGGUCACCAUCUAUUACCCAGACACUAAGGGUGACUACCUGAGUAAUCGGGUGUCUCCGUCGGACGAUGCCAAGGUGUCUGGUACAUGUGACCGAGUGGGCAAAGUGUCACAGUUGGAUGUUUCAUGGUCGUCUUAUGUGCUAUCGCUUCGCUUUGGCUUGGAUGACCUCUCCGACUCGUGGUUUGUCUCAAGCUUCAUUCUCAGCUACAACCUCAGUGAUCCAGACUUCACUGACUCAGCUCCAGGUGGGGGUGAUGUGAAGGUGAUGAGCCAGGAUGACCGCAGAUACUGGCAGACCAGCAAUGAUCAGUCCUUCCGCUGCUUACUGUUACAUGAUGUGAUCCUCACUGACAAGCUCAACAAUACGGCCACGCUCCAUUUCGACGAAGUCCGCGUCCAGGCCUUCUGUAAUAGUGAUAUCUUCAGAGCACCCAAGCACUGCAUCCACCGAGUGCAUAGAGACGAGAUGGUUCCUGUGACAGUGGGCGCUGCUCUGGCCGGCUCCACGCUACUCACCGUCAUAGGCUACGCUAUCUUCCGCUACUUCAAGGUCAAGAAGGUCCAGUAUGACACUAUGGAGUGAUGACCCCAUUCUUCCCACGGAGAUCCUCAUUACCCUCUGUUACCACCACGUGCUUCACAAAUCUAUCACCAGCACAAUUAUAAUAUAUAUAUAUUUCCAGAAACGGAAGCCUCACCGAGCUAUACUUACAAAAGAAUCAAGCAUAUAAUUGGUAAUUAAACUGAUGUAAUAAAUGUGUGACUGAAAGAGAAAUACAUCGCAGUAAAAGACAUGAUUCAUGAGUCUGUUGUGGAUGUAGGAACGGCCAUCCCUGGAGGAUAUUUAUAUCAAGCUGGAAACACCAACCGCAUGUUACUGACAACAUCAGCCAUGUGUUACUAACAGCAUCAGUCACAUAUUGCUGACAUCAGCAGCCACGUGUUACUGAGAACAUCGGCCACAUAUUGCUGACAUCAGUCACAUGUUAUUGACAACAUCAACCUCUAAGAGGCAGAUCUGAAUGGUUAUACUGUGCCCUGCUUGGCAGGUUCUAUGCUACACGUAAGCUUAUCAUCUCCGUGUUAGCCUGGAAUGCCAGGGGUAGGCCUGCCAGCUCCAUGCCAGCCUAGAGAGCCAUGACCUGACUUCCCAGGUGUGUUCUCUUUCAGUCGCUCAGCUAAAAUGAUGCACGUUACAGUAAAGUUUAUGAUAGCUCCUGAAUUUCGUCAAUGCUGCAGUACAAUGCUCGAGUUUAUUUUGUGGUGUAUAAUCUUAAAUGAAAAGACUAAUUUGUGUUAAUAAUUUACGCGGAACUAUAAUAAAAGAAAUCAAUUUCAAAACAUUUCUACGAAAUUCCUGAUGAGACAUUUUUUAAACAAUGUCCUGCAGCACAAUGAAUUUUGGCGCGACAUUUGGGUUGCCGAGCGAUUCAUUCCGAAAACGUUUGACUCGUUUAAGUGUGCGGGUUCGAAGAACGACGAAAUAUAUUUACUUUGUAACCUAUACAAGGUUUAUGUAACCAGUCAAAACUUUGUAUUUAUUAACAUUUUUGGCUUAAGAAAUUCAGCAUUAUGAAUUUGCAAAAUAAUAUUGACUCAGAUCAAUAUCAAGAAACUAAAGCAAUAACAGAAGUUUGGUAUGCCAUUUGCAUUGCUCUAAUAAAGCUUGUGAAUUGGACUAAUUGCAUAUCUGCCAACAUAUCAGUUUUUGCCAUCAUAUAUACAUUUCAAAAGCCAAGUACAAACAAAUAUUAAAAAACAAAUGAUACCCGAUUUAUUUCCUUAAGUGUAAAGUUUGAAAAAUUCUAUGGCAAUGUUCAAAGAACAUUUGCUGAAUGGCCUCAGAGCAUGUUAAAUUUACAAAUAGAUUAAAGUAAUUAUUCAAGUAGCAACCAUUCAGUACACUAUUACAUAAAUGUCUUAUUUGAUUUGGUAACAAUAUAUAGAAUAUACUAUAGCAAUAAUGUGUCAGCGACGGAAGAUCUGUAUCUUGAUAGUGUAGCUUAAGGCAAAAAUAUAGCAAUAACGAAUCUAGUUAGAUACUAGUGUGUGCUCAUGCAAGCGGUCGUUUUAGUAGUCUGCUAAUCUAGGAAUGAGCCGAUGAUCUUUAGCCAUUGAAGUUUUCAGACUUUACAGAAUGCACACAAAGUACUUGAGAUCCGAGUAAGGUGUCCAUCUGACGAGUGCAGAUAGAAAAUAUGAUGUUCGAUUCAGGAGAUAAAAAUGGUGAUUUAAUAUUUUGCUGAUGCUGAUGAUACACAUAACUAUCAGACCCUGUCUUAAUGUCCUGUAACACGGAAAAUUUCCAUAUCAAAAACUUUUGUCAUAUCUCAUUAAGCACGAACAUAUAUUUGCUAUUGUUGUUCGAUAUAUCUUGAACUACAGCACUCAUCGUAUAACCAGGACUCGAUAUCUUGAGCUGCAACAUUUAUCGUAUAAUUGUGGUUUGAUAUCUUGAGCACAUUCAUAAUAUACUUGUGAUUCGAUAUCGUAUAACUGGUUCGAUAUCUUGAGCUGCAACCUUGAUUAUUUCAUUGCCAACUACAAGCAAGGCACUUCAGGCAUUUUUGCCUCCUGAGUCCAUUUUUCCAUUUGAGAAUAAAGGUUUAACAUGACAAUUGCUUCAUUAAUAAGAGAAGACCUUUUAAUACAUAAUGCCACAAAAAUAAUGCGAAUUAUUUUUUAAUUUUGACUGUAGAUAGACAAUUAUAAAUGGGAAACGCUAUAAAACACCCUUGUGUGUGUUGUAUCAUCAUUAUCAAAUGGGAUGAGUGAGCUUGUGGUGUGAUGAUGACUGAUGGCACUGCGACUGCCAACACCUUAUGAAACGAAAAUCUUAGGCUACUGGUGAGCUUAUAUUCUCUCAGCGUCUCAUCUGUCAUGGGCAGUUACCACUGUUGUAAUGGGUGUACGUUGGCUGCGAAAACAAACGCACUAUUUGGUCUACUAUACAAGGCCCGAUUUGUCUAAUAAGCCGAGUUUUCGUGAAGUUAUUUAUUUUUUAAAAUUUGUUUUUUUAUGAAAUGAUAAAGCGUUUAAUUACAUUA